AUCUCGGGUUCAAAAUGGCGCGGGAACUUGAGGUACACAGUCUUUCUGCAUGUCUUUUUUCUUUUAGGCUUUCUAACGACUCUGCGAAGUUUCUUAACGCAGUCGUUUAAAUAAGCACAUCGAGUUAAACGCUACGAAACAUUUUUAUUUCAGGAAAAACAUUCAGUGGAGAUGCCAUCUUGUUUGCGUGCGCUCUUUGAACAAACAAGCAGUGAACAGCAAGACAAAUGGUUUGCAAACAACGCUCGUUUUUCGACGAAAUCGCACAAAUCGAUACUGUCAUUCAAUGGCAUGGCCCUUCCACCACCUCUGGUAGGAUUUUUAAUGCUUGAAUCGUUAUAGAAAGAAACUUUUAGAGCCGUAAAUCUCAAAUCCGAUUUGAUUUUUGUUGCAAGCUUAAAUGUUGACACAAUGUUUUUGGCGUCAUCGCCAAAUAAAUGAAGUUUGUAAAUACAGAUGUACUCUUAUUCUGUUUUGUUAAGCUCUUUCCGCGCUAUUUUACAUUGGUAAUCGUACUGAAACUCAUCAUUCGUUACUACACUCGGAUAUUGUGGAUGCAGUAUGCUUAAUUUCUGUUUCAUGAACUAAUCAAAUUUUACAUAUUUCUCUACUGUACACAAGUUAAACAACAGCCUUUCAGUUUUAAAAUUAAAAAUAUCCGAUGAUGUAUUCAAACGCUCACAACAAGCUUUCCAAUUACACUUGGUAAUGUUCGUAAUUUUGUCGCUGCAGAAAUCAUUUGAGUUAUCCUAGCUUAACAUUAUGGAAGCUGUAACUGCAUACCGUAUUAGACUUAGUAGUUAGGUUUUUGUGACUUAUCAUUCGUAAUAUCACGGUGCUAAUGAAAGGAUAUUUACUGAAUUGUCAUUAACAUCAACCUAUUCAUAUUUCUUUGUAGAAUAUCAUAGUGUCGUUGUUUUACUCUUGAUUCAUCUUUUUUCACUGGUUAAUUAGGACUUAGAAUAAUUGUUUCCCAAUUAUUUGUUAAACUGAUAAUGGGUCUCAUGGGUCAUGUUGUGCUUUCCUGGCUCCACUUGUCAGGAAUAAAGACAAUGCUUAUUCCUAAAUUGCUCUCUAGUGGACUGUGUUGUUUAAAAUCCUGUUUUCCAUAAUCCUUAAUGACAGUCAAUUUGUUUUUGUAAGAACAGGCUAACUGCAAAAUGGCUUAUUACAUCAAACUCCUUUUCUACACUUUUUUUCAUCAUGGGAUCCAGGAAAACUACGCCUAUUCAUUUAGCUUGUCCCAGGCUCUCAGUCAUCGGAGACAAGUGAUAGAGCAGGAGUGUGACAUACUCCUGUUAUGUUUGUUUGCCUGUUACAAUUUUUCAUUGUUUAGUCUGAGUGAAAGGUAGACUAGGUGUAAUAUAAUUUAGCAAAUAUCUGAAUUGUUAUCUCCUUAAAUUUAUGUUUUCCAGCUCACAGAGAAAGAGCGAGCUGAAAUGCGUCAGUAUAGAAGGGAAACAGUCAAAUGUGAAGCCAAAAUGUUUGAAAGAAGGAGAGAAAGGUAUUCAGAUCUACUCCUACAAGUCAUGUCAGUCAUGGACAGGAUUCAGGUGAGAAGAGAAGAACUAGCUCUUUAACUUUGGGAAAAACAUUGCUAACUAAUAUAGAAUGUAGAGCACAUUCUUGAAAGAGGCAGGCUAUAAUUUAUAACGAUCGAGUGCAGUAAUCAUUCUUAUGACGAAGUCACUUUUGAUGUGAAGCAGAACAUUUUAACCUUGAACAGUGACUCUUCAUUGGGAUUUUAAUGAGGAUAAUAAUUGUUUUGUUUUGUAAGAAACAAAGGGAUUUGAAGGAGUCAACUGAAGCUCAAUUUGAUGAUCAGGAUUUAAGAGAGAGGACACUUACUUCAGAAAAUGAUCAGAUAGGAAGUAGAACAUUAUAUCCAAAUAAUAUGCAAUCUGCUUUGUUUGAGACUGACUUUGAUAGAAGAUAUGUGUGUGAUGCUACUUCCAACACUGAAAGAAAUUCAAAACAAGAACAGUUCAGUUCAUUACUAGGCGACUGGACUGAAAGCAGUAAUCAUAAUAAGCAAACAAGCAGAGUGAACAGUCAGAUGGAUUAUUUACCAGAAUCUACAAAUACCAACUCUGGAAAUCAAAGAGGAACAUAUAAAUACCAUGGCCAUCCAUUAAGAAACGAGAAUUCUAGGGAAGAAUUUACAAGUUUGCCUGGAAAAUUUGCAAGUGAAGAUUUCCUGUUUAGCUGCACUCAAAAUAAGGAAACCUUUGGUUUUAAAAGACCACUUUCGAAACUCUCUGUUGCUUCAGAAAUUACUUUGCGAGGCUCCCUUGAAUUGUUUCCAGACAAGAAGGGGCAAGUGUCUGAUUCACUUGCAUCUACUGUUUUGUCUGUGGCCUCAUCAGGUGAGACUAUAAGUUAAUUGAUAAAUGCUUUGUCUUUUUUUGUCACAAAAUUAAUUUGCUUUGACAUCAAAUAUAUUGUUGCUCUGUAUUUUUAAGAUUAUAUGGAAAAUUAUCUAUGAAUUGAUAAGAAAGUGUUCAGCAAUAUUACAUUUUCAGAAAUAGUUUUAAUAUUAUAACUUAAUUUCUACUAAAUCUUAAUUAUAUAUAUAUAUAUUUAUUAUUAUUAUUAUUAUUAUUAUUAUUAUGAAGUAUACAAUUAGCUCUCAUCGUGAAAUUACCUAAAGAAAAUAAAAACUCAGUAUUGUUUGGGAAUAAAUUUAACAAUGAAACUGAUAAAGUUGGUGACAAUGCCUGACUGUUCCCUUGGAGUCCUUUGUGACUGUGUAGAGGGUAACAGCAGUGAGAAAAUAAAAAAAUAGUUUAAUAGCAGUUGAAUUCAAUUUGUUAUACUAUUGAACAUAAAUUGGACUUUUACACUAUUGGACACAAAUUUUUCAUGCUUUAUUUAAUGAUCAAGUCCAGUAAGUAAAGCAAGUCAGCCAACAAUUUGUAAUAUUUUAAAGUUGGAAUGAUUAUCAUUUUGUUUCACUUUAUAGAUUACAGUGCUCCAACUAUACAAUCAUCCGUUAUAGAAUCACAGCCCACAGGAUCUUCCAUUCAAAAGAGUACAGAUUCACCAGCUGAGAGCAUCCGUGACAAAAACUUUGAAGAGCAGACAAGAUUGCCAUCUACAAGGCAAAUACCAAGCGGCAAGACUCACUCAAAGAUAGUUUCAGGAAAACAAGCUAGAAAUAUACCAGCUGUCCAAGAUCAAGAUAAAACUCUGGCAAACUUGGAAAAACUAAGGCAAAAACUCCUUGAGGAAAAACAAAAGCAACUAGAUGCUCUGAAGCAACAGGAGCUGAAAAGGCUUCAAAAACAAAAAAGGGUACAAGGAAUUGGUUCAGAGCAUGCACAUGCUUCCUUUCAUAGCCACAGCAAGCAUUGUACAAUGGAGAGACCACGGUCUAGUUCUGUACCUUUGACAAAGCAAUCAGACCUAACACAGGCACUCCUUGAGGAAUCAGAAAGUCGUACAGUUAAAACUGAUAGAUCAUCUGCAGAUUAUCACAGACCAGGAACAGCACCCCUUUGUAGACCUAUUUCAAUGCCUCCAGGUGAAAUGUACUCUAUUCUAGAACUAAGCGGAGAGAAUCUUGAUUUUGAUAACCAUGAUGAAGACAAUGUUGAACCUGAAUCAUCUUCUGAUAAAGAGAACCAUGUUGGAGAGGAGGUUGAGGUUUUCAGAGGAAACAGAAACAAUGCUUUUGUGGAGAAUGUUCCUGGUGAUGUUACGAAUAGAAGAAAAAGUGAGCAGAGAAACAUGAAUCCUUUCAUUGCAUGGAAGGAUUCCAAGAUCUUCUCAUCAGAAGUGGAUGACCAGGUAUUCAUAAUGUAUAUAUUGGACAUCUCAACCAUAACUUUUAAACUUGAUGAAAGUUCAUUAUUAGGAUACUUGAGUCAUCUUAGGUUAACCCUUUGACUGCUAAGAGUGACUACACCUAAUUCCUCUUUACAGUAUCAUCUCUGGAUCAAAGGAGCUCUUGAUUAUGAAACAAAUUCUCUAUUCCAGUUCUCCAAAUUUUCAAUAUCAUUUUGAGAAUUUAAGUCAUCUCUCAAGGAAUUGAGUCUAGUCAAUCUAUUUCAUACAAUCAUUUCUUUCUGAACAAUAUUGUAGGGGUAUAAAUUUAUUAGAAGCAAUGAUCACUGUGGGUCUCAGACAUUUUGUAUUAUAUUCCUUAGUUUGUGUAUAAUGGACGGGAUAAAUUUGCCAAACUCUCAGCCCAUGCCAAAGGAUUUCUAACGAGGUUAUUAAUGAAAACUGACAAGGUACAAGGCUUGAUAAAGACAGUCAAGGUGAGGAUACUUUAUUAAGUACUGUACUUUAUUUUGAAAUUGGGAACCAUGACAAUAAUUACAAUUAACUCAACACAAUAAUUAUUAUAAUAAUAUUAUUAUAAUGGAUUGACUUCAGUUUUGCUUCCACAGGACACUAGAGAUGUUUUGGAAGAUAUAUGUAAAGAAGACACACAGUCUGUUCAGGAAAAGAUACUCAAAGAGAAUGUUGAGGGCCAUGUAUGUUCACUUCAACUGCAUUAAUUGACAAACUUUGGGGAGACUUUCCCAGCCAUCUCAUUGUGGUCACUUGUGCUUGUUCUGAUUGAGUGAUCUUUUUUUCUGCCCCUCCUUUUACUUCUAUGAUUACAAAACAUUAGAUCCCAAGAUCUGAAAACAGAUUUUUUUUCCAAUUGUUGAAACAGAGCACAGAAGUUUGAACCUGAGGGAAGGGAUAUAUAUGAUGUUAGAGGGAAAUGUUGUUUUGAAAGAUUAUAAUGUCACUCCAUUGCUCCCUAUCCGGUGCUUUGGUGAAGUUUUGACACUGAUUAAUUGUCUGACUGUGAUUGAUUAAAGUUCUGGUUUGGAAAGUCUUCCUGAAAAUGGAAACUUUUUCUUUCCUUUAUAGCUAAGAAUAGCAAGAGGUAGUCUACAUGACUUGUUCUUUAAGAUAUCUGUAAGGGAGAGAAUGUCCUACAUAGCCCAUUCAAGAGACUUAGCAAGAGCUAAAGAGGCUAAGCGCAGAAACACCAGGGUAAGUGAGAACUGUUUACAUCAUUUUUCUCAUUUGUUGACACAUUGAAACCUUCUGACAAUGAUAGCCUUUAAUUGUUAAGUGAGCUCCCUUGUUAGUGAGAAGUUGAAGAAGGUGAAAUAUUUGAACUAGUUGCAUGAUACAUGUAAAGUUGAAUAUGAUAGAUUGCCUAUUAACUGAAUAACAGUUACAGCAAAUUUGAAGGGAAAAAACUGUCUUCUAUGCUGCUCUUGAUUUUUUUUACAGCUUCUUUUUGGUAAGAAACUGAAAGAGAGAAAUGAUCCUUCCCUACUUUUUAAUCUGCAUUUUCAUAUGGUAUUGGAUAAAUUUUACAGUUCUGUAAUAAUAAUAGUUUCUUCAUUUUGUAACAUAAUCAGAGCUCUAUAGGCCAGUCAAGACUAUCUGCUGUCACUUUACGGGCAAUACAGAGAAGACAGGAAGGAUUAGAUACGUAUCCUUUUAAAACUUAGAUUGCUGUAAGUUGCGCUGUUAGUUAUUUGGAUUGAGAUUUCAAAGAACAUUGCCAUAUAAGAGACAAUAGUAAAUCUGUCUUGUUACUUUUGGUCCUUAAUUUUUUCAUUCCAAGCUCUGUAACACAAACUGUAAAUUCAGAGGUGAAGCCAAAACCUGAACUGAAGGAAGAGAAGAAAAAGAAAACUUGGAACAUCAGGUUAGUUUGUGUGCAAGCAGUUGGUAAAUGUAUAAUCCUCUUAAAUACUAUGCAAAAACUGGAUUUUCUUAUGCAUGCUUUUGAAUUUUUGCCUGUAAGUAUGAUGUUGCCGAAACAGUAGUAGUAAUAAGUAACAAAGUGCUUGUAGCCAUUCUGAGGUGGCUCAGAAAACUCCAAGGUAACAUUAAUUUAUAAUGAUUACAGUGUUUCAUGUACAAACUUUGUUGUGUUUGAUUGUGUAAAGGGUUCUAAAACCACAGCAGGGACAUACUUCUCCACCUCUACCUGACAGAGCAAGGUAUGUUGCAUUUAUCUUGACUAUUUUUUUUAACUCCAGAAAUGUUUUACAAAUGCACACAUGCAACAGACUAAUUAUUGCAGUUUUUUACAGGUCAGUUACUCUGUGAUUAACUGUCCUGAUAAGGCAGUGAAAUUCUAGAAAUAUUUCUGGUUUUCAUAGUUUUCAUAGUUUUUUUUCUUUUUUUAGUGUUACUUCUAAACCUUAUAUAUUCUUAACUUGGAUAUUGUUUAAAGUCUGUGUGAUCAAGGCUGGUUUCAUUUGCUUUUCAUGAAUGUAAUGUAAGUUUCUUUUCAAUUACUUUUUCAAAGGUCUAAGAAGCCAAACUCCAGACCAGCCACAGCUCCAGAGAAACCUCUGUGGGUUAACUUUAUCACACUUUGCAUUUAGCCUCUCUGAGAGUAGACAUCUUUUUCGCAUGUGGCUAGGCCACACUAAUUCCUUUUUUUUUCACUGUGUUAAUUAUAUAUAUAUAUAUUUUUUUUUACCUAGUAAUCCCAGGUUUCAAAAGGAUGAUGCUCUCAACCGACCCAAAACAACAGGUAAUACAUAUGGAAAACCUGAUAAGCCAUCCAGAUCUAGCUUGGGGGGUGGAUAUCAACCUCCAAAUAGACCAUCAAGACAAAGUAUUGGAAGUAUUACUAAACAACCCAAAGUUACGGCUCAACCAAGGGCAAAGAAACGACUGAGUCUACCAGAGAGUGCACAACCAAGAAUUAAAGGACAUGUUACAACCAAAGAUGCAGUGCAGAGACCUAAAACAGCUUCAGAGGUGAAGAGAAGUUCAAGAACCUUGGCUGCAAACUUUUCGCAUUAACUGACAUAGGCUAAGAAUAUAUUAGUUACGGUUGAACAUGUAGAUUGAUGUGACAACAGACUUGUACAUUGAAUACAAUGGAUAUGAAUUUAUCAGAGUAUUUAUCUAAAGGUGAGAUUACUAUUUAAAGGAAAACAUUAUAAGAGCUACAGAGUGAAUUUUGUAAGCCUUGAUUUAGUUUUCAUUUGCUAUUCAUCUGCAUGGCCUUGUCCUGGUACUUUUUGUAUACUUCCUUUAUUAGCUAACUUGGUAAGAGAAUGUUGUUGCAAGUGACAAUCUUUUGCCUUGGAUGCAAAAAUUUGUUCAGUUUUCUGGUGAAAGAUAAAAAUAAUUGUUACAGCAAUUUUCAAUAAGGUGUGAUGAGUGUGUCCAAUUUUUGACAAAAUUAAAAAGUUCUCAAUUUUUGUUUAAUAAUUUUCAACCAUAGGAAUCCUGAGGCUCUUUGUAAGCUUAAUAGAAACAUUGAACUUGUUUGUGGGACUCUUAAAAUGGUGUAGCAUUAAAUUGUCAAAUAUAUGCAAAAAGGUCUACUUUGUAAAAGUGACAUUUUUUAAAUAACUGAAAUACUACGUGUGCUUAGUCUGGUCAAAAACCUUUUGUUAAUUGUAUUUGUAAAAGUGUGGCAAUUUAUUUAUUAAAGAGCAUUUUUGGUGCAUUUUCAGUUUGUUUAUCAGUGUUGUAACCUUUGCAAGGAUGGGAG